UUUCAAUAGUUGAUCAUAUGUUUUUUGUUGAUAAAUUUUUCUGCUGCGAUUUCUUCCGCAUUUUCCUCGAUUUCGAGGAUUUCAAAGGACUCUGUGAUGAAAAUCCUGUGCGAUGUUGUCGUACACAACCGUCUACAUCCAAGUUCAUCGUACAAGAGUGCCAAGUCCACGCUCGCUUUGGGAUUUCAUCCACCUGGUGGGAAGCCCGAUUCCAAGGUGUUUGUCAUCCUUUUUACAGCUAAAAGCAAGGCUGGCACACGGUACCAAGUGACGGAUAAUCUCAAGCAAGUCUUCAUGAGGUUUGUUGAUGAAGGGAAAUUCACGUUGUCACUGAAGAAUCCCGAAUUGGACCUUCAAGUGCGUAGCAAGGAUAUUACUCAACUGAAAAACUUCCUGAAAGCAAUCAAUGUAGCCCUAAAAGGUGAUGUCCGGGAACGAGAGAAACUAAGACUUUGCUCAAUGGGUGUUACGCCUUUGCCGAGUAAAACGCAUCCAGUUACAAAAAUUACAAUCACCAAGAGAUCCGACUAUCCCACAAAGGGACUCCCCAAAACUCUUUCUCAUCUUGAGAUUAUUGGUUUGGAAAAGACCCGCGUGGAUUCACAAAUAUUGUACCUUAAGCACUUGACACAUCUCAAUUUGAGCAACAAUGCAAUCACAAAGAUCCCUAAACCUCUAGGAGAACUCAAUCUCAUCGACAUCAAUUUGUCCGGGAAUGUAUUGGGUAGUGAAAUUGGUGCUGGAGGAUGUGAUUGGAAAUGGAUGGAAGGAUUUGGUGUACUGAAAUCACUUCAAACACUGGAUCUAUCCAAUAACUACAUAAAGACCUUUCCCUUCAAUUUGACCAAAUUACAGAAGCUUAGUGAUCUCAAUUUAGAUUUUAACAGUAUUAAGAGGAUUCCCUUUGCCAUCCGGAAUUUGCAAAGUUUAAAAUCUUUCAGCAUAGAAGGGAAUGAAUUGGAAUCUCUACCUUUCACACUUGAAACACUCACCUUUGAACACAUUAACAUCUCCAACAAUAACUUUCCGCAUCACACAGAUGAGAUGCAGCGGCAUGACUUUGUUUUCCGGCCCACAAUUUGUCUGUUUGAAUUGGCAGCAAGAGCUGUUGUUAGGUUCAAAAUACCAUUUGCCCACCCAAAGGCACAUCCAACACUCCAGUGGCAUACAAUCCCGUGGAUUGUGGCAGAUCUCCUCAAUGAGACACCCAUCUGCUCGUGCGGGAAACUCUGCUUUAAUGCAAAAAUCUAUGAGAAAUGCUCCCUAAUUCAGCUACGAUACAAAUGCAUAAUUUCCAAUGCAGACAGGAAAAUUAUGGGAGAUGGGGUGUUCUGCAGCAAAGGAUGCUUCGAGAGACGUACACUGUAUAGUUUAUAAUAAUUAUCAUUUAAUGUAUUCUUUUAAAUUUUUUGGUUGAUGUUGCCUCACUUUUAUAUAAGGAUAAACAUUUACAAAGUUCCACAUGGA